AUGACGAUUGUUGAUAUGGAGAUUGAGAGCGCCGAUCAAGUCUCUCCUCUACCAUUUGCUAGAAGUUAUCAAGUGGAGGCGCUAGAGAAAGCAAUGAAGCGGAACACGAUUGUUUACUUGGAGACUGGCUCUGGCAAGACUCUUAUCGCCAUCAUGCUUCUCCGUAGCUACGCUUACCUUUUCCGCAAGCCUUCCCCUUGCUUCAGCGUCUUCUUGGUUCCUCAAGUUGUUCUCGUCACUCAACAAGCUGAAGCGCUGAAGAGGCACACGGAUCUGAAAGUGGGCAUGUAUUGGGGAUCCAUGGGGGUUGACUUUUGGGAUGCUCCUACUUGGAAACAAGAAGUCGAUACAUAUGAGGUUCUUGUGAUGACACCUGCUAUUUUGCUCAGUGCAUUAAGACAUAGUUUUCUGACGUUGAACAUGAUCAAGGUUCUUAUCUUUGAUGAAUGUCAUCAUGCUCGGGGUAAUCACGCUUAUGCUUGUAUCUUGAAGGAGUUCUAUCACAAGGAGUUAAAGUCUGCAACUUCUGUCGUUCCUCGAAUAUUUGGGAUGACUGCUUCCCCUGUGAAAACAAAGGGUGAAAACUUGGAUAGCUACUGGAAAAAGAUUCAUGAACUCGAAUCUCUAAUGAAUUCAAAGGUCUAUACAUGUGAAAGUGAGUCUGUGCUGGCUCGGUUUGUACCCUUUUCUACUCCGAGUUUCAAGUUGUACCAGCACAUGGAAAUACCAAGCUCUACACGCGCAGGCAUAAUAGCGGAACUUGAAAAGCUAGCCAAAGAGCAUCUCUUUGCCCUUUCAACACUGGAUCUCAAAUCCUCCACUGUUAAUUCUAUAAAGAAGAGACUGUCAAAGAUAUGUUCAUCUAUAACUUAUUGUUUGGAUGAACUUGGAAUUUUGAUGGCGCUGAAGGCUGCUCAGUCAUUCUCAGUCAGUCAGAACGACUUUGUCUUGUGGGGUCAACUAGAGAAGUUUAGCGAAACCUCUAUAAAAAAGUUCUGUAGUAAUGCUUCACAGGCCAUUUUAGCUUACAUACCUGAUGGUCCUUACUGGAGUGUUGCUAACAUAGAAAGAAAGUUGGAGCCAGGUCUCGUAACAUCAAAAAUAGUCUGCCUUGUUGAAUCUCUUCUUGGUUAUAGGUCCUUGGAGAAGAUACGGUGCAUCAUAUUUGUGGAACGGGUGAUAGCAGCGAUGGUUUUGGAAUCCUUUUUGAAUGAAAUUCUUCCAACCUAUAAUAGUUGGAAAACUAAGUACGUUGCAGGAAACAACUCUGGCUUGCAAAGUCAAACCCGGAAGAAGCAGAAUGAAACUGUGGAGGACUUUCGAAAAGGCUUGGUAAACAUCAUCGUCUCAACAUCUAUUCUAGAGGAAGGUCUAGAUGUUCAAAGUUGCAAUCUGGUUGUUGGAUUUGACCCUGCAUCCAACAUUUGCAGUUUCAUACAAUCUCAAGGGCGUGCUAGAAUGCCUAACUCAGAUUAUUUGAUGAUGGUGGAAAGUGGAGACAUGGGCACACGAUCUCGGUUAAAGAAAUAUAUUUCUGGUGCGAAAAGAAUGCGUGAAGAUUCUUUGAGCCAUUCUCUUGUUCCCUGUCAACCUCUUCCAGAUGAUUCAUCCGGGGAGGUCUACCGUGUCGACAGCACAGGGGCUAUUGUAACUUUUAGCUCAAGCGUCAGCUUAAUAUAUUUCUACUGCUCAAGGCUUCCUUCAGAUGAAUACUUCAAACCAACUCCUAGAUUCGAUAUAGACAAGGAUCAGGGGAUUUGCAUCCUUUACCUUCCUAAGAGCUGUCAAGUAAAAGAAGUUAAAUUUCAAGGAAAUGGAAACGUGUUAAAACAAGCUGUAUGUCUUAAAGCUUGCAUUAAGCUGCACCGAGCUGGUGCUCUAACUGAUCAUCUUGUCCCUGACAUGGUUUUGAAGGAAACCGUCCAACAAAAACUCGGGAAAAUCCACUACGACACUGAACAGCCAAGUUACUUCCCUCCAGAGCUAGUCUCCCAGUUUUCAGCACUAUCGCAGACAACAUACCACUUGUACUCAAUAAGGAUGAAGUCAGAAUUUCCAGGAAAUCUUCAUUUUAAGGAUAUUUUACUGGGAACCAGGGUUAAGCUUGAAGAUGACAUUGGGAACACAUGCUUCCGGUUAGAAGAUCAUCUUGGCACAAUAGCUGUGACAUUAAGUUAUGUGGGAGCGUUUGACCUUGCACAAGAUGAGAUCCUUUUGUGUAGAAGGUUUCAGAUAACUCUUUUCAGAGUACUAUUGGAUCAUAGUGUGGAAAAUUUGGUGGCGGCGUUGGAUGGGUUGCAUCUCAGAGACGGUCUAGCACUUGAUUAUCUACUAGUUCCAUCCACUCAUGAGCAAAAAGCAUCUCUUAUUGAUUGGGAGGUGAUAAGAUCCGUGAACUUUACUAGUCAUAAACCUUGGAAAAGGCAUGUGAAUUGUUCUGCCAAGGAUGCUUCUUGCAUUCUACAUACAAAAAACGGGUUGUUUUGCACCUGUGUCUUACAAAAUGCGUUGGUUUACACACCACAUAAUGGAUACGUCUACUGCACCAGAGGUAUUCUCAGCAAUUUAAACGCAAAUUCUGUAUUGACCAAGAGAAAUUCUGGCGAUGUGACCUACAUGGAGUACUAUGAGAAACGGCAUGAGAUUCGAUUAAGUUUUGUGGAUGAACCUCUUUUGAAUGGGAGACACAUUUUCACGAUGCAUAACAACCUUCACAUGACCAUGAAGAAAAAGGAGAAAGAGCAUGACAAGGAGUAUGUUGAACUACCUCCUGAACUAUGUCAUGUCAUAUUGGCUCCAAUAUCAGUGGAUAUGAUCUAUUCAUAUAAAUUCAUGCCAUCUGUUAUGCACCGCAUUGAAUCUUUGCUUAUAGCAUUGAACCUUAAGAAGAACAUCCCAAAAGUCAAUAUUCCAACCAUCAAGGUUCUGGAAGCUAUCACAACGAAGAAGUGCCAAGACCAGUUCCACUUGGAAUCACUAGAAACACUUGGCGACUCUUUUCUGAAAUAUGCUGUUUGUCAGCAUCUAUUCCAAGAAUAUCAUACUCAUCACGAGGGUCUUCUCAGCUCAAUAAAAGAUGGAAUGAUUUCGAAUGUCACGCUCUGCAAAUUUGGAUGUGACCAAAAAAUUCAGGGAUUUAUACGGAACGAGUGUUUCGAACCUAAAGGGUGGAUGGUUCCUGGCCAAUCAUCUGCAGCUUAUGCUCUUGUGAAUGAUCAUCUAUCCGAAUCUAGAAGCAUGUACAUUGCUAGGAGGAGGAAUUUGAAACGCAAGAGUGUGGCUGAUGUUGUAGAAGCACUAAUUGGUGCGUAUCUUAGCGAGGGAGGUGAACUAGCAGCGCUAACGUUCAUGAACUGGGUUGGUAUAAAAGUCGAUUUCACGACUACAAUGAUCCAAAGAGAGCCAUCUAUACAAGCCGAGAAGCUUGUGAAUGUAAGCUAUAUGGAGUCUCUGUUGAACUAUAAGUUUAAGGAUAAGUCUCUUCUAGUCGAGGCAUUGACUCAUGGCUCAUACAUGAUUCCUGAAAUUCCAAGAUGCUAUCAGCGGUUGGAGUUCCUCGGCGACUCUGUGUUGGAUUAUCUCAUAACCAAGCAUUUGUACGGCGAAUAUCCUAAUCUUUCUCCUGGUCUACUAACCGACAUGCGCUCUGCUUCUGUGAACAAUGAAUGUUAUGCUCAAGUAGCGGUGAAAUCAAACCUGCACAAACACGUCCUCCAUGCCUCUCAUGAUCUCCACAAGCACAUCUCCAGAACAGUUAGUGAGUUUGAACGGUUGUCGUCUGUGCAAUCCAGUUUUGGAUGGGAAUCCGAAAUAGCUUUCCCAAAGGUUCUUGGAGAUGUGAUAGAGUCUUUAGCUGGUGCGAUACAUGUUGACUCGGGUUACGACAAGGAAGUAGUGUUUGCGUGUAUAAAACCGCUUUUGGGAUGUAUGAUAACUCCAGAGACUGUGAAGCUGCAUCCUGUGAGAGAGUUGACAGAACUUUGCCAGAAAGCUCAGUUCGAGUUGACUAAAGCUAAAGGCUUCGAGAAUGGUGAAGCUUACUUCACGGUUGAGGUGUAAGCUAAGGAAAUGAGUUUUGCUCACACGGCUAAGGCCUCUGAUAAGGAGAUGGCUAAGAAGUUGGCUUACAAAGAAGUCUUGAAUUCACUUAAGAAGGGCCUUGACUCCUAAAUUUCUCAUUAUUGUGGAAUCGAAUAAAACUCUAUUAGACUUGAGAUCUUUGAGAUGAUUAAUAUUUUGUUUUGGUUUUUUCUGGGUCACGUUAACAUUUUGUUAAGUUGCUUUUAUGAUAACAAUUUUUAUUUUCA